AUGUCAGGCGGCGAUGACGGAAAAAGGUUAAUGUCACGGCAACUGAAUUUGGAGCUACAGGAGCCGGUCAGGAGUCAGGAAAAGGAGCUGCUGGAGGAAGCCAUUAUCAUUACGCACUAUGUAAGUCCAACGAAAUUCCGAUAUAUAAUGCUUCAAGAGCUACAGGAAAAUGGAAGAAUGGUCAACCAUCUUGAAUCGAAGCUGCCGGCGCUUUGUGAAGCCGACAAUUGUGGAAAGAUCUAUAAGCGUUUUCAGUAUGUGAUCCUGCGCUAUUAUCCGCUCGGGUCGGAGAAGUAUAUGCGUGGCCAAGUGAUUAAUAUCCAUGGAGAUGGGUAUAUUGUGGAGGCACUGGACUAUGGAUUUCUCAUUAACUGUCAGGGGAAAGAUUUGUGGCAGCUGCCCCAGAAACUGUGCAACAUUUAUAUACAAAUAAAGGAUGGCGGUCUGUUCGGUGUAUCCUCAUCCAGUGGCGAUAAGUGGUCCAACAGGGAAGUCAAGAUGCUCAACCAGAAGCUGGAAAUGGCGGUACUGUUAAUAUUUCGGAUUAAAUAUCAAAACUAUGGUCAGCUGUUGAUUAAGUCGCCGCAUCAGGAUGAACCGCUGCUCAAUGCUGUCGACUAUCUGAUAGAGAAUCAAUGUGCUCGCCAAGACCAUAAGCACAUGACUCCAAGAAGCGAUGAAUCUCCGUUCAACAUGGACAAAGUGGAGCUAAAUGUUGCGGAUGUCAAGCCCAGCGCGUGUGUUGCAACAAUUAUCAGACUUAUGGAACUACAGCACAUCAAGUUGCCGUUAUGCGAUCCUGACGACAAUCCCAAAGAGGAAAAUCAGCAUUCCAAGCAGAAGAAUGUCCCAAAGAUGCAGCAGAAAAGGCUGAGAAAUCUUUGUUUGGAGAACUCAAUCCGAACGGUGCCCGAAUCAGCGAAGCGCCUCAGCAUGGUCAAGAAUAGAAAUGAGAGCACCGUGGAGUCAGCUCUUAUUAGCGGCUCAUCGAGCAUCUCAAGCAGCGCCAGCAACUGCUCCUCCGACAGCUUCGACUUCUCCUCCGACAGACGCAGAAGAAGCGCCUUGGAUCCAAUGAUCAGAGCAAAGAUCAAUCAGGAACUGCCAGUUCAGGAGAAACCAGAGAAGACACAAUUACUUCAAUCGAAGCUAUCAUCGCGUCGCAAAGCUAAACUGGCCCGAUCCUUUGAUGAUAUUCGCAACUCAGUCUUUAAUCCCGAAAACAAGCCCACGACAAGUGAAGCUUUUCUUAAUAUUACAAAGGAACCACUCAAGAAAUCACAGGAAAAGCCAAUGCCUUCAUCACUCUUCGAAGAAAAACUGGAUCACAUCAUAGAUGAGGUGAGAAAUACGGCAAAUCCUCUCAAGAAAUCCUCUCAAUCGAAAUCGAAAGCUGUCCUAGAAUCGCAGGACAGAGAAUAUCUGGAUUGCAUCAUUAAAAAGAUGAGUGAUUUGAAUAAUCCUGUCAAGAAAGUUACGGAACACUCUUUACAGGGGAAAAAUCGCGAUUCUCCCAAAAAAGUGACAGACCGGUCUCCACAGUUAAAAUCAAAAGCUGUCUUGGAAUCACAGGACAAAGAAAAACUGGAUCGCAUCAUAAAAGAGAUGGGCGAUUUGAAUAAUCCUGUCAAAAAAGUGGCGGAACAGUCUUCAGGGGUGAAGAAACCGCAGCAUAAGUUGUCCCCACUCAAUCCUCUCGAGAAAUCGAAAGCUGUCCUGAAGUCACAUGAUAUCAAAGUGUCCAAAAUGCGAGCAGGCGAAAAAUCCUUGGCCAAAGAAAGAUCCGAAAUCAAUUCUAUAGCUAAUGAGCAACUGCUUUUGGCGCACAGCAAUGGGCAGGUAUCGGCUAUAAAUGGAACUCCCGAAACGCUAUUCUGUCAGGACGUAUGGAUGAAUAUGACAGCGAUGAACUACCAGACGCCGUUGCCCAUGCAACGUUAUACCUGGCCACAUCUGAUGAGGGUCAACUCGUUGGUGUUGAUCGAUGGCAUUGGUAGGGGACGCUCCUGGUGUUAUUUGCCCAUGCUGUGCUCCUUGGUAUUGAAUUGGAUGCAGAGGCCAACAACGAGGAAUGGGAAUGCCCUCAAUCUGGGUCCAUUGGCUGUUCUAUUGGCGGAUUCGGUGGGAAAUGCACGGAUGCUGUUUAAUCAUUGCUGCAAUUUGAUGAAAUCCAACAAUACACAAAUGUUGAAAGUGAUCAACACUCAUGAUCACAGUCUGCUGGAUGUACAGCUGAUGCUCUUGAAUUCCUGUGGCAUCUUGAUCACAACUGUAUCCCAUAUGAAGCGACUGUUUAUCGACAAUGAACUCAAUCUCAUUGAUCCACACCGUUUGAAGUACUUCAUCGUAGAUGAUUAUGAUCGCAUGUUGUCGGCUGUUCCCGACUUGCUGCAUGAAUCACUUCAGCUGCUACAGAAGCUGGCCAGUCCCCAGAUCCAGCUCAUCCUUAUCGCUCAGCAGUGGCAUGGUCGCGUCUUCCUCCAGUUGAUGAAGCGCUUUAAUCACAAUCCUCUCCUGCUUUUCGGCGACUUCUUAGUGGCAGCCAUCUAUGGCAACCUGAAAAUGGAUGUUAAGCUACGACACUCCAGCAAAAAAACACUGCAGCUUAUCGAUUAUUUGAGUAAUCUGGCCAAAGCAUCUGUAAGAAAACGCACUGUUAUUUACUGCAAGUCCAAGGAGGAGCUGGUGGAUCUAGAACAGGCGCUGACUGCGACUGGUCAUAAGUGCAUCGGUCUAAGCGAUGCAGUGCAUCAGCAAAUUCAUGAGUUGUUGCUGGUAACGGAUCAACAGCAGCAGCCAACACAGUUGCCAAUGAGGAACUUUGAUCUUUUGGUACACUACAGUCUUCCGGCUAGUUGGCAAAAGUUUUCCUAUCGUUUUCAUGCGAUCAUCGAUAACAUUGGCAAUUGUUUGGUGCCAGAGGAGAAGCAGAAGGAUAUUCUAUCCUAUGUAAUGCUGGACGAGAACAACAUCUAUGAGUUGCUGCGACUGGCGCAAUUUCUGAAAGCCCACGACGUUAAGAUGGAUAAGCAUAUAGAUCAGAUGGUGGCCAGUUGUCGGCAGGUGACGGAUCAGAAUCGUGUCUUCUGUCCACAAAUGCUGAGCAGCGGCGACUGCGGACAAAUGUUGUGCAACAAUCGACAUUUCACAAUCGAUGAAGAUUUUCUGCGACCCAAAUGUGAUCUGUGGCAAUCGGAGACUGUCGUCCGUUGCAAGCUCAUCAAAGUCUACAAUCCUGUGCACUUCGCUGUCAUGGCUGAGAGUUACAAGUCCAGCGAUUGUGAAUCCUGGAAAGCAACCCUAAGCCAAUCCAAACUAAAAAAUCUGUGCACUUCUUUAAGCCUCCACAUGAGUUUGGAAAAGAAUCGUCGAAAGCAGCAAAAGCUGCAGAUCUCCGACAUUUGUGUAAUCUUCCGUGACAUGAGGUAUCAACGUGUCCGUGUCGUGGAUCUGUCUGAUCAGCGUCUGGUCGGCGUACAACUGUUGGAUGAGGGCACCGAACUGUUAAAGGUUAAGCCAUCCGAGUUACUCGAGUGUGAUGCCAAAUUUAAAGAGUUUCCUCCACUUUCCAUGGACGUGAGAUUGUGCGGAUUGAUACCGUCCAGCAUUGGGGAAGGCAAUUGGUUGACCGAGGCCAGCAAGUGGAUCAGCGAGGAACUCAUUGAUCUACACGGCAAUCAGUAUCUGCAGCUGCUUGUGGAAUUUGCCAUGUUGGACACUGUUUAUGUCCGGGAAAUAACUCUGAUGCAGGAGUGUCCUACAAUGGGAACCUGUGUCAAGACUAUGCAACUAGGUAAUGAAUUAAUAAUGCGUGGGUUCGGACUGCGGGAGGAGCAGAGCAUUAAGAGACUAUGUCUAAUGCAUCAGGAGUUCAAAAAGCAACAGCAACUGAACAAUCCAAGGGAUGGCAUGGUUGAAAAAGACAUCAUACAGGAAGAAAGUGAUGAGAAGAGGCUAGCUAAAACAAAAGUAUUGGAGGAACUGAAAAAAUCAAGCCAACAGCUUGGACAAAUGCAUCAGGAGAACAAACAAUUGGAAAAUGAAUCUAUCGAAGCGUUCCAUGACAGAAAGAAUGAGGUUCAGCUACCGCAGGAAAAAGAAAAAUUGGAGGAGGAACCUGCUAAGACACUCGAUAAACUGUGUGAUGGGGAAAAAGCUGAUGAAGUCGAUGUGAAUAAGGAAGAAGAUGACUUGAAAUCAGUUGCGGCUGAUGAAGAAUAUUCUCCCUCAAGCACAGACCAUUUUUUGGAUGUACUGCUGAAGAAUUUGCAGAGCAACGAUCCGAUGGUUAAGAAAAGCGCAAAACAAAUAAUUCAAGAAAUUCUCGCCGACGAUAAUCCAGUUGCGAGGACGUCACCCAAGCGAGAGAAGACUACAACUAGGCCACAGAUUACUCCGGAUACGCUGAGCAAGUCGCUUUAUUGUGCCUCCACUGCAGGGAAUGCGGUGCGUCCGAAGGUCAGAUGGCAUCAAACCCUCAUGCAGAUCGAGCUAAUUUUUGAGCAACAGGUGCCGCAAUACGAGCUCAUACAUCAGGAUAAUGUUUUGAUCUAUCAGGUUCUGGAGACGACACCGCCACAGCGUUGCAUACUGAAUCUCCUGGGCGAGGUUAAGUUAUUGUCGGAACAACAGCACGGCUAUCAACUGCAUGUGAAGUUGGCCAAGCAUAACCUUAACCUAUAUUGGCCCACCUUGUUGAGUUCCCUCAGUGCCCAGCAGCAUUGCCACUGGUUGGUCUACGACACGGAACGUGGCAAGUCAUCGCAAUCCGAAAUGGGUCGAAUCCUUUGGACGCGUUACCAGCGAGGUCUGUGUCCUUCCAAUUUGACUGACGAUGAGGGCAGCAACUACUCCUCCGAUGAUGAGAGGAGCUACUCGGAUGACGAGUGAUUUUUGAUUGCAAAUCAAACGAAUUGCAAAGAAUAAUUCCCGUU